GUCCCCGCGGCCCCGCGGAGCGCAGCGCGGCGUCGGCACCAGCGGGGGACCGGUUCUGCUCGGGCUCCGGCGGCGUGGGCCGGGCAGUGGCCGGGCGGUGGCUCCGCGGCGCGGGCAGGGGGCGUCCGCGCGUCCGCGCCCUCGGGCGGCGGCGUCACCCGGGCUCCAGCGGCCGCGCCUGCCGCCCGCGCACCCGGGCGCAGGUUUGGACCGCCUAAAAAGUCAUUUCACAGUGACCAACCCUGCUUGCUCAUGUGACCCAAGGCAGCUCCUUCGGCCCUGCCCGCAGUGACUUUUACCGGGAGCGGAGUGGUGGGCGCAGGCGUUUGUCAAUGGCAGGACCCGAGAGACAGCCAUGCCUCCCCCUGCCCCAGCCGCCCCUCGCCCCCCGCGCUAACCUGCACGGUGAGGGUGCUGCCAGGAUCCCUGAGAACUGACUGGCUGACCUUGCCGCAGACCCCCAUCGGCCACCCCCCCCACCCCAAAAUGUCGCUUGAGUGGCUGGUGGCCUGGAGCUGGUCGCUGGACGGCCUGAGGGACUGCAUCGCCACCGGCAUCCAGUCCGUGCGGGACUGUGACACCACGGCCGUGGUCACCGUGGCCUGCCUGCUGGUCCUGUUCGUGUGGUACUGUUACCACGUGGGCAGGGAGCAGCCGCGGCCCUACGCGGCCGUCAACACGCUGAUGCAGGGCCCGGAUGCCGGCGGGCUGCAGAACGGCUUCGCCUACUGCCAGUCCCCCGAGUGCGUGCGCUGCAGCCACAGUGACGGCCUCAACCAGAAGCUGUACCACAACCUGCAGGAGUACGCCAAGCACUACUCCUGGGCCGGCAUGGGCCGCAUCCACAAGGGCGUCCGCGAGCAGGGCCGCUACCUCAGCAGCCGGCCCUCCAUCCAGAAGCCCGAGGUCUUCUUCCUGCCCGACCUCCCCACCACGCCCUACUUCGCCCGCGACGCGCAGAAGCACGACGUGGAGCUGCUGGAGCGCAACUUCCAGACCAUCCUGUGCGAGUUCGAGACCCUCUACAAAGCCUUCUCAAACUGCAGCCUCCCGCAGGGCUGGAAAAUGAACAGCACCCCCAGCGGGGAGUGGAUCACCUUUUACUUGGUCAAUCAGGGGGUUUGCGUCCCCCGGAACUGCAGGAAGUGCCCACGGACGUACCGCUUGCUUGGAAGCCUUCGGACCUGUAUUGGGAACAAUGUUUUUGGGAACGCGUGCAUCUCCGUGCUGAGCCCCGGCACCGUGAUCACGGAGCACUACGGACCCACCAACAUCCGCAUCCGAUGCCACUUAGGUCUGAAGACUCCAAGUGGCUGUGAGCUGGUGGUGGGCGGGGAGCCCCAGUGCUGGGCAGAGGGCCGCUGCCUCCUCUUCGAUGACUCUUUCCUGCACACCGCAUUCCACGAAGGUUCAGCGGAGGAUGGCCCACGGGUGGUUUUCAUGGUGGAUCUGUGGCAUCCAAACGUCGCAGCGGCCGAACGGCAGGCCCUGGAUUUCAUCUUUGCUCCGGGACGAUGAGAGCGCUGCCCUUGCUGGAGUCGGCGAGAGGGGCCGCGGGGCCGGGUGCGGCCCAGCCCCCGCCCGUGGUUUCCGUGCUCACAAACCUGCCUCAAUGGAAGUUCUUAUUUGCAAUUUUUUUUUCAUGUUGGGUCCCUCUUUCCUUUGAUUAUUGAAAACGGGAAAUUUUCAGCUUGUAUUUCCUUAGAUUCUUUUCCUUCCAGUCAUUUGCUCUGUGGUUCCUUUCUGCCUAGUGGCGCAUUACUCUGCUCUGUGGCUGGAGGCGCAGUGUCCCUGUUGUCUGCGUCAUGCUGCUACCUGGUUUUGUCAGCGCUCCGAAGUAGAGUCGCCAAACGGUUAUCUGUCUGAAUGUGAUAGCGUACAACUUCUCGUGGUCGUCUUAAAAGAAAAACAAAACAAGAAAAACUGCUAACCGGAGAGGCUGGAGAACUCGGCCUCUGCUGCCGCCAGUCACCCGGGGGCGGCUGUGGUCACUGUCCCUGGCCAGCUUCACUGGCAGGGUGGCCUGGUUGGGGCAGGGCAGACUCACCAUCACUGACCUCACCCCACACCCCGCCAGGUCCCUGGUGGCAAAGCGCGUCGGGCUCGUGGGACUGGAGGCUUUUCUGUAAAUGUCGCUUCUGACCGGGCUGGGGCUGGGGCUCCGUCGGACCAGCCGUAGAACGUGUGACUUGUUACCUCACUGCCUACAGAAGCCCCACUGCCAAAGCGGGCCUGGAAGACCCCCGCCUGAGCUGUUCUGGGUCCCCGGCGAUGAGCCGCGGUUGGGUGAGACCUCACCCACCCAGUGAUGUUCCGGGAAAGCCUCUCUCUGGCAAAACUGGAAUCGUAGACCCGACCAAAGUGUCUGUUUUGCUUUGGAGUUCUGUUUCUAUGAUUUUCCAUUUAUUCGUCUGUACAUAAAUGUUCCAACGCUGGGCUCAGAGAUCGUGGAAGAGUUGGCCCUGUGUCUCUGUCACCGCACGAGGGUGUGGGCCCAGUGAGGGCCACCUACGCGAGUGUGUGCGCGUGAGGACACGGCGGGGACCUACCAGCCCGAAGGACCCACGGUCGUGGCGCUGGUUUUUUGAUUUCCUGGGAGGGACGUGGCCAGUUUGAGACGAUAAGUCUAGAAAUGGCCCCAUGGGGGCCGGUGUAUGAAAGAGUCACCUCGAGCCGCAUUUAGAGAUGCCUUUUUUGAAUAAUGUGUUAUGGCAGUCAGGUUUACAAAGCCGUGGAACGGUCUGGAACGCACUGCUCAUCACAGGUCCAGGUCCAGGGUUUCUCUCCGGACAGAAACCAGCAGCUUCUGGGAGGAACAACCGUCAGAAGUAAACACGGUCUGACACGCACCAGGGAGUUACUAGCAAGUGUGCAAAGAAAACGUGUCUGCAUUUGAGUAAAAUUUCGACACAGGUAUUUUUCAGUGAUUAGAAUGCAGGAAAGGGCAGACAUUUCGAACACACCUGAAGUCUUUUUACUCAUUAAGUUUCUUGUCAAAGAAUCACUGAGGUGCAUGAUUUCUCUACGUACUGACUGCUCUGCGUUUACAAAACCAACAGCCUGCACAGGCACCUGGCUGCCUGUGCGCGUGCGACGUGGUUGGGGAACAGGAGAUAAAUAAAAGAUCUUGCUGAAAA